AUGACUUGCGAUACCCUACUUUUAUUCAUCUUAGCCGUUCAUAUUUUCAUCGGUGAAGUGAUACCAUCUCAUCACCUUAAAUCCCGUCAGGCCCAACACCGCCCAAAUGCGUUGGUGAACUUUGAAGUUAUGGCGCCACCGGUUGCAUCCAAGGGUAAAAAGUUUUGCGAGGUAAAACUGAUUGAACAUACAUUUGCCAGCUCUUACGGUAAACCAGCGACCGUUAAUUUUGUUCCGCCCACCGAUUGCGGGCCGGCAGGCAGCUGGGCAUCAGUAGUAUUCAACCUAACAGCGACUUCUCGGGGCAGGCAAUAUGAUAGAUUGGUGCAAGUAUUUCUCGAUGAAGUUGAAAUAUGGCGAUCUUCGACUCCUGAGCCCACCAAGAAAGGAAUCAUAUGGACCGCCACCCGUGAUAUGUCAAGAUACAUGCCACUUUUGGCUAAAUGCAGUCCACUUACCCUGGUUCUCAAUAACAUCGUUGAUCCAAAACUGAAGUUAGACGGUCAAUAUGAGGUAACUUUAUCAGCUCGAUUUUACGUACCUACCACCGAUUUCCCUGCAGUGGCACAGCUGGGGGAGAUUUCCACAGUUGGUCAUGAUGAAGGGUAUCGGAUUGAGAAACAGCUCAAUUUCGCAAAGAACACGGCUACCGCUUUUGUAGAAAUCUUCGCAAGUGGGAGUGAGCAGGAAGAAUUUUGGUAUAACAAUGUACCCGACGAAGCACUCCCUCGUCUUGACCCAAACAAGACAGGCUCGUUCACUGGGGCUGGUUCAUUUCGAGAAGUCCAGCUUUUGAUUGUCAUCACUCUCACUAAAUGUCCACAAGAUGGCAAACUGGCCGGUGUGGCUUACCCAUUUCCAGUAAUUUACACUGGGGGAAUCCUACUCAGUUGGUGGAGACCGAUUGCCGCGAUUGGAGCCUUGAAUGCGCCUUCAUAUACCAUGGACAUAACCCCCUUUGUGCCACUCUUGACUGAUGACAAGAAUCACAACUUUACGAUUGUCGUUGAAGGGCAAGGACAGGGCAACACAUCCACCAACCCAAAGUGGAUUUUGAGCGGAUCCGUUGGUAUCACUCUCGAUCCCAGUGGAGCUCGAACCACCGGAAAACUUGAAAGUGUCCAUAGUACACCACAUUUCAAAACUACACCACUCCCUGAUGAUGCCCAAGGAAGAAUAAGGUUCAAGACUGAAGCCUCUCGUCAACUUAGCUUGAAAGCUACCGUUGUCACUGGGACUACUGGCCAACAAUCAGUAUCUGUUACACAAGAUUUCAAGUUUUCAAAUGUCCAAAUUCAAGCGGCGAGUGGAAAAUUUUCGAAUGUACUCCAAUCCUCAGAGGGUUUGACUGAAUCGGUACAUAAUGGAGCAACACAUCUUCACGAUGAAUUUUCAUACCCUUUCAACCUAACCAUGACCCAAACUACACCUGACCAAAACGGAACUGUAAUAUCCGGUCAUCUUUCACAUGGUUAUACUCGUACAGAGGAUCAUGUUUAUCCUGCUGGAUCGAAGUCUAAAAUCGUAACCCAACAAACCUCAGAAGGCGACUUACUAUUAGAUGGCGAUGGUCGAGCUGUCAGUGGUAUUGGCAGAACUUCGCAACAAUAUACAUUCAAAAAUGAAGCCGGAGAAGAUUAUUCACGUGAUAUCGAAAUCUUCAAUAUCACCAAAGUUAUUCGAGACAGAAUCUCAGGAACACUUGCAUCACCUUCUACAAGACUAGAUGAAUCUAAACUGAAUCAAAUUCAAUUACCUGGACCUGAUCCUCUAGAUAAUGUUGCCUUUAUCAUCACAGAUUUCUUUGAUAACUCAUUCUUUGGUUCACCUAUUCGACUUAUCAACAAUAACCUCGAUGCAAGCUCAACGACUUCCUUUCCUGAAAUUUACACUUGA